AUGCCAGUGAUCCGUGAGGCGGAAAAAAGAGAUCGCCAUCGCCCUGGAAGGGAAGAAGGAAGCAGCUCGAUCGCCCCCGCAGGUUACGGCGGCGGAGCAGGAGGACGAGCUGGAACGGCUGCUGCGCGCGGUGGCGGACGAGGACCGGACGGUGAUCAUGACGUCGGUGAACGAGGCGUGGGCGGCGCAGGACUCGCUGCUGGACCUGUUCCUGGAGAGCUUCCGCAGCGGCGAGCGGAUCGCGCACUUCGUGGACCACCUCCUGGUGGUGGCCCUCGACGGCGGCGCGCUGGAGCACUGCCGCGCUGUGCACCCGCACUGCUACCUCCUCCCGCGGCCGCCGCGCACAACCUCUCCGGCGAGAAGGUGUUCGCGAGCAAGGACUACAUCGACCUGGUCUGGAGCAAGGUCCGGCUGCAGCAGAGGAUCCUCGAGCUCGGCUACAACUUCCUCUUCACGGACGUGGACAUUCUGUGGUUCCGGAACCCGUUCGAGCGGAUGUCUGUGGCGGCGCACAUGGUGACCUCGUCGGACUUCUACUUCGGCGACCCAUACAGCCCGAUGAACCUGCCAAACACGGGGUUCCUGUACGUCAAGUCGAGCCGGCGGACGGUGGGCGCGUUCGAGGCGUGGCACGGCGCGCGGGAGGCGUUCCCGGGGAAGCACGAGCAGCAGGUGCUGAACGAGAUCAAGGUGGAGCUGGUGGCCACGCGCGGCCUGCGCAUCCAGUUCCUAGACACGGAACACAACGCCGGCUUCUGCAACAACACCCGCGACUUCAACACGCUCUACACCAUGCACGCCAACUGCUGCGUUGGCCUGGGCGCAAAGCUGCACGACCUCGGCAACCUGCUGCAGGAGUGGCGGGCGUACCGGCAGAUGGACGACGAGGACCGCGCACGGGGGCCCGUGCGCUGGAAGGUGCCCGGUAUAUGCAUCCACUGA